GAUGAUGCAGAGGACAAGCAGAAUAUGAGGAUUGCUGUGAAGCAGUGGCUAGAUGAUCUUCAGGAUUUGGCGUAUGAUAUGGAUGAUGUGAUCGACGAAUUCUCCACUGAAGCUUGUCGAAGAAAGUUGAUGGAAGCUCAUGGCUCUACUAGCAAGGUAAGAAAGGUUAAAAUCCCUUCCUGUUGUACAAAUUUUUCUGUUAAAGAUUAUAAGUUCAACAGAAAAAUGGCUCCCAAGGUGGAUGAAAUAACUAGAAGAUUGGAGAGCAUGAAAGAACAAAUCAAAAUCCUCCAUUUGGCAGAGACUGUAGCAAAGAGGCCGAACAAAACUAGGGAUAGAUUGCCAUCAACUUCCUUGGUGGAGUCUUAUGUUUAUGGUCGAGAGAAUGACAAAGAAGAGCUGCUGAAAUUGCUCCUUUCAAAUGAAUCGAGCGAUGAUCAAGUGGCUGUGAUACCAAUUGUUGGCAUGGGAGGGGUUGGUAAAACAACUCUUGCUCAAAUGGUGUACAAUGAUGACAGAGUCAACGAAUUUUUCGAUUCCAAGGCUUGGGCUUGUGUUUCAGAUGAUUUUGACAUUGUUGGGGUAACAAAGACAAUCCUUAAAGCAAUCACACGAGGUGUCUGUGAUUAUGAGGAUCUGAAUAUGGUUCAAGUGAAACUGAGUGAGGCCUUGACCAGGAAGAGGUUUCUAAUUGUUUUAGAUGAUGUUUGGAAUGAAAAAUACGAGGACUGGGACAUCCUGCGCCGCCCAUGUCUAGUUGGUUCAUCUGGGAGCAAGAUAAUUGUCACCACUCGGCAUCAUAGGGUGGCAUCAGUAAUGUCUUCCACUGCUGGAUAUAGUCUGAAGGAGUUGACAGAUGAUGAAAGCUUAUGGUUACUGGCAAGACAUGCACUAGGAAGGACAAAUUUUGACAGGCACCCCAAUCUAGAAGGCAUUGGUAGGAGUAUUGUAAGGAAAUGUAAGAACUUGCCCUUGGCCGUGAAGACUCUUGGAGGGCUGUUGCGUGCUAGAUCGAUCCCAGAUGAAUGGACGGAUAUACUGAACAGUGAGAUAUGGGAAAUAAAAGAGGAUCAAAGUGAUAUUCUUCCAGCACUAAGAUUAAGCUAUUAUCAUCUUCCUGCCCAUCUAAAACCGUGCUUUGCUUACUGCUCCAUAUUUCCCAAGGACUAUGAGUUUGACAAAUAUGAGCUUGUAUUGCUCUGGAUGGCAGAGGGUUUUCUCGAGGAAUCAAAAGCAAGUGAUCUUAUGGAGGACACAGGGGACAAUUAUUUUAAGGAGCUACUAAUGAGGUCCUUCUUCCAGCAGUCAAGUUCCGCUAGUUCACGUUUUGUGAUGCAUGACCUUAUUAACGAUCUAGCUAGAUAUGUUGCUGGAGAUUUUUGUUCCAGACUGACAGACGACUUGGAAGAGAACAUCAAAUGCACGAUUCUUGACAAGGUUAGGUACACAUCAUUCACAAGUUCAAUGUAUGGAGCUUCACAAAAGUUUAAAACACUUCAGAAAGCAAAACAUUUGCGGAGUUUCCUACCCGUUUCUGGCAAGUAUGACGGCGACUUUUACAUCGCUAAAAAAGUCAUAACAGAACUUUUGCUGGAAUUGCGAUACCCAAGGGUGCUAUCAUUCAGUGGAUAUUCUAUCUCUGAUCUACCAAAUUCCAUUGGUGAAUUAAUACAUCUAAGGUACCUGAAUUUGUCUGGUACUUCGUUGAAAGUGUUGCCUGAAUCAUUGAGUAAUCUUUGCAAUUUACAAGCACUACGUUUGCACGACUGCUGGGGGCUGAUUAACUUACCGGUGGGUAUUAGAAAAUUAAUUAACCUGCGCCAUCUUGAAAAUUUCAAUACUAGUCAAUUGCAUGAGAUGCCUUCAGGGAUUGAUCAGUUGACGAGCUUGCAGACACUAUCCAAAGUGGUUGUGAGCAAAAAUGGUGGGUUCAGGCUGAAUGACUUGGGGAACUUGUCCUUACUGGCAGGGUCACUCACCAUUUUGGAGUUGCAAAAUGUUACGAAUGUUCAAGAAGCACGGGAUGCCAAUUUGAAGAACAAGAGGGACCUUGAUAACAUAGUAUUGGCAUGGAAUAGUGAAUAUGAUGGUUCUCUGAGUAAAGUUCUUCAACUAGAUUUGCUUGAGGCACUACGACCACACACAAACCUAACGAGUCUUGAAAUUGAGUUCUAUAAGGGAGACAAAUUCUCUUCCUGGGUGGGGGAUUCUUCAUUUACUAAAUUAGAAGAAGUAAGCCUCAGAGGUUGUACACACUGCAAGUGUUUACCAUCACUCGGGCAAUUGCCUGCGCUCAAGGAUUUGAGCAUUCAAACCAUGCUUGAGGUGAAGGCAGUAGGUACGGAGCUAUGUGGCAAAGAUUGCUCUUGGGAAUUUUCCUUUCCAUUGCUUGAAAGUCUAACAUUUGAUGACAUGCCAGAAUGGGAGGAAUGGACUUGCUUAAGUUCAGCAGGAGAGAACGAAUGCCACUUCCCUCUGCUCCAAAAGCUCUGUAUAAGUAGAUGCCCAAAGUUGAAAAGCAUUCCUGUUUUGCAGCUUCCUUCACUCUCUGAACUAAAGUUGCAAAAGUGCUCGGUGGGAAUUGCAAAAUGUUUAUACAAUUUGACCUCAUUAAACAAUUUGGAUUUUCGGCAGAUUAUAGGGCUUGCAUCCCUCGAGGAUGUGUUCAUGCAGUUCCCAUCAGGCCUUGAAGAUAUCACAUUACGUGAGUGCCAUCAACUGAAGAAUUUGUGGGGCUCAAGUAAUACUGUAAACCUUGUGCAGCUAAAAUCUUUAGUUGUUUCAGAAUGUUCACAGCUUUCAUCCUUGGAGGAGCUUGCUGUUUUACCCAUGCUUAAAUAUCUUAAGAUAGAAAGUUGCAGUGCUCUCCUGUCUUUGCCUACAUUAUCUGGUCUUAACAUAUUGCGAAUAAGCAGUUGCUCAGCCCUCAGUUGCUUGCCAAUGGACAAGUUGCUCCUCCCUCAGCUUAGGAAUCUUGGGAUCAGACAUUGCCAGAAACUGAACCUUACUCCGGAGAUUGUCAUAGAGGACACUAGCACAUCGAUUGAGAGUCUGGAAAUCGUUGGCUGCCCAUGUCUGAAUUUGAGAAUAAUGCUUGGUUCAGUCUACAGUUUUGCAAGUCUCCGGUUUUUGGAUAUUAGGGAUUGUGAUUAUGAUCUGGAUCAAUUGCCCACUCCAAGUUUGGAACGUCUUUCCUUGUGCAGAUGCAAAAAUGUUAGUUACUUGCCCGGUGGUUUGGGACGACUAAGAUCUCUGUUGUUGUAUUCUUGUUCAAGUCCUUUGUUAUUUCCACAAGGAGAUUUUCCUCCCACUCUGAAGUUUCUUGACAUAGAGGCAGGAGAAAACUUACAGCUGAAGCCCCUGUCAGAAUGGGGACUCAACAGACUCACGUUUCUUGAAAGGUUCUACAUCCGUGGUGGAUAUCCAGGGCUGGAAUCAUUUUCUGGUAGUGGUGAUGAUGGAUUGGCUUUGCUUCCUCCAACUCUUAGGUCCGUCGCCAUUGGUGACUUGCCAAAUCUGAAAUCGCUCUCCACGUUCUUGCGAGGUCUUACAGCUCUUCGAUAUCUGCAUAUCUUUAACUGCGCCGAGCUUGGAUCCCUCCCAAAGGAAUCGCUGCGUAAUCCGCUUCAAACUCUAGUAAUUAAUAAAUGCCCACUUCUUGAGAAAAGGUGUUUGAUGGAUAGAGGAGACUACUGGCCCAUGAUUGAAGACAUUCCCUGUGUGGAAGUACGCAGUGAUGGCAUCAGAUCGGGUUCGAUGCACUUUUUUUCUUAUCAUUCUGAUUAAGCUGUGUGCACUCUUUUCACUUAAGAUGGUAAAAUAUUUGUUGGCACGUUGACGUAGGCUCAACUCGCUUGGCAAGUCUAUGCGCCUAGAAUGUAGAGGAAACUAAUCACGGGAUCUUUGUGCCCCAUCUUGUUCUUGUGUUUUACUAAGUCCCUACAGUUCCUGCCUUGAUGAUAUUGUAAGUCUCUUUGUUGGGCAUUAUUCUGAUUUGUUGAGAUUGUAGAA